AUGGAAUCGGAUCAAGUACAAAUGUAUUCAAUUUCUAACCCAGAGCAAUCGACUAAUAAAGAAAAUGUAAUACUUCGAGCUCUUACUACUGAUCCUAAUCGGCAUAAACCAUUAGCACAACAUACAUCACCGUCAACAAAUCCACCUUCACAAGCAAGAUCAACAGCAGAUUCUACUUUUGGACAAACACCAACAGCAAUGUAUACGAUUGACACUCAAUUUAGACCAAUUCCUGAAAAAGUAUUGCCAAGACAUACCGAAACUAGAUUGUAUUUUAUUAGUCCUAACAAUAAGGAACCAAUACAAUCACCGACUUCACCAGUUAAUAAAGAAGAUACUGUCAAACCAGAAGAAGAACCAGUUGCUUUUCUCGAACCUCAUGUUAUUGCACAGCCGGUUCUUUAUAGUAUUGUUGGAAACAAAUCUAUUCCUGCUUAUAAAAAUCAACCAGUUGCAGCUACAACUACAACUUCUAAACCAACUUCUUCACCUAUAUUUUAUGCAAUAACUGGUAGUGCUCAACAGGCAACUAUACAGCCGAUGGAAGAUAUUGUACAGGCUCCAUCACCAGUAGAAAGUAAACCAGUUAUUCUUUAUUCAAUAAUUGGUAAUCCGAAUACUCAAAUACAAAUUCAAGAACCACUCAAACAAAUACAAUCAAUUCAAGAACCACCUAAACAAAUUCAACCACCGUCACCAAGCCUUUAUUCAAUUGUUGGUAAUCCAAAUUCUCGCGUGCAAAUUCAAGAAUCAUUUAAAGAAGAACAACGAGCUCGAGAACCAUUGAAACAAAUUCAACAAUCUUCGCCGAGCUUGUUUUCAAUUGUUGGUGGUUCUCAUGUGAUACCUAAAAUUCGAGAACCAGUAAAAGAAAGUUUUCCAAUAACGCAAAGCUCUUCACCAAGUCUAUAUUCAAUUAUUGGUAAACCAACACUUGGACAACGUAUUACAGAAAAGAACAGAUUAGCUUCACAGUCUUCGACACAAACAGUUCCAUCGAAGUCAGUUGAAUCAGCACCAGUUUUAUAUACAAUUGUCAUGGACAACCAUAUGCCAAGUAAAACUUAUCGACCUUCAUCACCUAAAAGACAGCCCAAUGAUAUGAUGUUAUAUCCAUUAAUUGGUGAUCCGAAAGUUCCUGCAUCAAUCAAAUCUCCUCGUAAAACAGAACCAUCACAAACACCACAAUUAACUAAAAUGCCAAUAUUAUAUCCAUUGGUUGGCAAACCAUUUUCACCAACUCGAGAAAAUAUGCAGAGUCGAUCGAAAUCACCUGUACAAAGAAGACAACCAUUACCAAAAAUAAUUUCUAAUCGACGUCGUAGUUAUGACUAUCAAACAGAAUCGGAUGUUGGAACCACCAAACCUAAACGUCAAGAAAGACCAAAAGAUCGUUCAAUUCCAAAAUCAGAAACUAUAUUUAUUCCAAAUCCUGAGAACGAACGUUCACGACGUCCUAAACAACCACGUUCAAAUCCUAGAUAUAGAAGUCCUGCACAAAUAAAUCAUCGAGCUUUUGCAAUUCCACAAUAUGAAGGAGUUCACUUAAAUGAUUAUAUUUCGCCUUAUGCUUAUUAUCCAUCAAAACCGUAUCGUGAACGAACAACUCAUCCAAGUUCAUUACCAAUUGUAACGAGUCGUCGUUCUAAUCAUAAAUCAAGGACACCAAUGCAAGAAUCUCAUCCUCAAGCCGAAAGAAAACAUCAACAUGACCCUUGGAAACAUCAUUCUUUAGAGCGAUAUCCUGCGAAUUCAAGUCGUCAACCUCGAUUAUGGGAUCAUGAAAAUCAUAAUCAUACAGACAAUGAAGAUGAUUAUACUGAUGACACAGAUGAAUAUGGAGGACGACGAUAUUAUCGAAGAUAUCGACUACGAACACCCUGGGUGCCUGUUUGGUAA